GAUUGAACCUCUUUGGUAACUGGGUAUCUGUGUAUUCGCGACAAACGUUACAGAAGGUUAAACCAAAUAACCCAGCCUUUUUUCGGUCUGCCUGUUAGCGGUAUUUACCAUUUGGAGUUACGGAAAAAAGGAGUUACGGUAUUACUAAGCGGUCUGGUUUAUAUGUAACUGGGUAGCACAGAAUGUCAAAACUGACCGUUGAAAAUCUCGAAGAAUUAGACCACACUAAGCUUGUAAACCCUCGUCGGAUGUCUCAUAUACACAAAGAUAUGGACGGAAUGAUGGCUGGACCGUACGGUAGAAGAAUGUCCCGGAUCAUAGAACCCCGUCCCAGCAUGCAAUACGGUGCUUCUGGAAGAAGAAUGUCACAGUUUUCCAGGAGCAGUAUUUCAGGAAUCUCUUCAUUCGGUAAAAAUAUCUUUCAUUCCAUGAAGAUGCAAAACACAUACAGAAUGACUCCCGAUGAAGACGAAAAGUUCAAUGCAUCCAAGGCAGAAAGAGUCAUGUCUGGAGUGUUGGAGUCUUACCUGGACGGAGAGAAAUACGAUAAGCUACUUUGCGUCAACUUGACGAAGAAUCUGUCAGAAGUGAUUAAGGAUCGAAUGAAAGAGAUGGGAUUCAGUAUGCGCUAUAAGUACGUCUGCACGGUUACCUUAGGCGAGAACUUAAACCAAGGUCUUGCUCAAGCCAGCAGAAGCAUUUGGAAUACAAACACAGACAAUUUUGCGUCAGCAUCUUAUUCUAAAGGAAACCUGUUUGCCGUAGCCACAAUUUAUGCCACCUAUUUCGAAUAGCAUUAUUACUGUGAUAUUUAGACUGGGCAGCAGAUGACGAUAGUUGCUUUAUGUAUAAAGCCAAGAGUAUGAACCAACUACGCUUGGGCCUUUUUUUAUUUAUACAAGCACCUGGGCGGCACAUUUUGUGUCAUUGUGUACGUUUGUUAGCCAGUCAAAUUUAUUUGCGUUGGUUCACCACUACUGCAACUUUUUGUUUUAAUAUUUAAACAAGGGUGAAAUAUUUUCUUUACGAAAGUGACGUCACAAGUGAAACAUAACGUGCAUGUGUAAGACUAGUGAUAAUUACCUGAAUAAAAACAAGAAUUCUAAAAUCAUUUCAUGUAACAUUGUAAGCUGUUAUCAUUUCUCAUUUCAUACUUUUAGUCUUCGUUUGUAUGCGAGUGUCUGGACAGGUCUAUUUAAAGCUUUCACGAGCAUGUAUCACGUGUGUGAAGGAUAUGUUUGACGUUUGUUGAAAUUAUUCUCAACUUUUGUUAAAAAGUAUAUUUUAUGUUAAUAUUCGUGUUUAUAUUCAAUUAUGGUUCAAGCACGCUGCUCAGGACACACCUCAAUUAUGCUGCCUGUCUGUCCAGAACAAGUUAGUGAGAGAGAAGUAGGUGUGGUGGUCUUGGGCCUUCAUCUCCAUCUGGGUCAUUAAAACCCUGGGCGAGAAUCCUGGGAUACGAGCCCAGUACUGAAUACUUGUCAGUCAAUGGUUUGCCGACGAAGACGACACAGAGUCGAGUUAUUUGUUGAAAACAACUACCACAGAAAUAAAUAUAUAAUAAUAAUAAGUAAGUAAUUAAACAAGUCAUUACAUUAGUGUUUAAUUCUAAUAUUUUCAUAUUCCAGUAAGCCCCUUAAAUAUAUAUAUAUAUACACGUGUGUGUGUGUGUGUGUGUGUGUGUGUGUGUGUGUGUGUAUAUAUAUAUAUAUAUAUAUAUAUAUAUAUAUAUAUAUAUAUGCGCAUACAUGCGUACAUUUUUUGGUGUGUACAACGAUAUCAUUGAGAAAAUAUCAAUCCCCUGCAUGGGUUUUUUAAUCAUUAUUUAUUUCCCCAGAGAAUCAAAUGAUAUGGUAAUGUUAGUUACACCUGUAGUUUUGAUGUACUGAUCCUGUAGGAAUGAAUGUGGUUCGUCUGUAUGUUUAAAAUGUUAAUAUGAAAGAUUUCAUUCUAAGAUUUGUUUUAUUUCUUCUUUUUUUUUCUUUUUUUAAAAAGAAAAAAAUAAUAGGCGUCACUCUAUGCACAUAUAGUUUUACAUUUGAAGAUAUGUUGAUUUUUUAAAUCAUUCAUUAAAAAAUUGCUUUAUUCCGUCCCAGAGAAAACAAGGGUAUACAAAUUGUUGUUAUUUAUUAUUAACCCUGAACUGCAUUUUGUUUGAAACAAUAACUAUAUAAGAAGAAAUUAAAUUGUUGUUAGCUU